UUCCUCUGCCCGUGGCCUAGCGGAGCCGCCGCGCAGUCCCGGCCGCCCCCCGCCGGUAGCCAUGAGCCCGUGGGGCCGGCGGUGCCUCCCGCUGCUGGCCGUGGUCAUCGCCCUCGCCGAGGCCGCGACCUUUUUAUCCCAGCAGUAUGCCUCUCAGUUCCUGGUGAGGAAACGUCGAGCAAAUUCUUUUAUGGAAGAAAGUAAGAAAGGAAAUCUAGAAAGAGAGUGCAUUGAAGAGUUAUGCAAUAAGGAAGAAGCCAGGGAAAUCUUUGAAAACAAUCCUGAAACGGAAUAUUUUUAUCCCAAAUAUUUAAGUUGCCUUGCCUCCCAUCGAGCAGGGAUUUUCCGGGUUAUUGCAGUUACUCCAGAUUCUCCAGCUGACCUGAGGGCUUGUGUCGUUGACAUUUCAAACCAGUGUAGCCCUCUGCCAUGCCAUAAAGAUGGAUAUAAGCAUUGCAUAGAUGGACAAGCCCAGUAUACGUGUGUUUGUAAACCGGGAUGGCAAGGAGCAAAAUGUGAAGAAGAUAUUAAUGAAUGUGAUGACUUAAAUGGAGGUUGCAGCCAACGUUGUUCUAAUUUACCUGGAAGCUACCGUUGUUUAUGCGAAGAUGGCUACUUCAUGCAUCCAAAUAAACGGGAUUGUGGAGAUAUAAACGAAUGUCUGUUACAUCCAAACAUCUGUGGGACUGCCACCUGUAAAAACACCCUGGGGAAAUAUGAAUGUGAAUGCCCAGAAGGCUACACAUACAAUGCAACAUCCAAGAACUGUGAAGAUAUUGAUGAAUGUGCUGAAAAUGUUUGUGCUCAACUCUGUGUAAACUCUCCAGGAAGUUAUAGCUGCUAUUGUGAUGGCAAAAAAGGGUUCAAACUCUCUAAAGACCUGAAGAAUUGCGAGUCUGUUACUGCGUGUAUCCCACUGAACCUUGAAAAGAAUUAUGAACUGCUUUACCUGGCAGAGCAGUUUAUAGGAAUUCCCGUUCUGUACUUAAAGUUUAAACUGCCAAAUGUCACAAGAUUUACAGCAGAAUUUGAUUUCCGGACAUACGAUGCAGAGGGAGUUAUCCUAUAUGCAGAAUCCCUUGACAAUACAGCCUGGAUCUUGCUUGCUCUUCGUGAUGGAAAGAUUGAAGUUCAGUUCAAGAAUGAAUUCGUAACAAAAGUCACCAGUGGUGGCAAAGCCAUUAAUGAUGGACUAUGGCACAUAAUAUCAGUUGAAGAACUGGAACACAGCAUCAGUGUCAAAAUAGCUAAAGAAGCUGUGAUGAGUAUUAACAGUCCAGGAACUCUCUUUAAACAGUCACAGGGCUUCUUGGAAACUAAGGUGUACAUUGCAGGAAUACCUCGCAAAGCAGACAACACUCUUGUUAAACAGAUUAACCCUCGUCUAGAUGGGUGCAUCCGUGCCUGGAACCUGAUGAAUCAGGGACACUCAGGUGUAAAAGAAGUUAUUCAAGAGAAACAAAGCAAACACUGUUUAGUAGCAGUGGGGAGAGGAUCCUUCUACCCUGGCACUGGAAUGGCCAUGUUUCAGAUAAACUACAAUGAUCUUGACAAUGCUGAAGACUGGCUAAUAAAUGUGACUAUGACUAUUCGCCCAUCCACAGAUACUGGUGUUAUGUUUGCCUUGGUUUCUGGUGAAACAGUACCUCUUGCUUUGUCCAUAGUGGACUCUAACUCCUCUGACUCACAGAAAAUCAUUGUGACCAUUGGAAACAUCACUGUUGCUCAUCUGGAAUCAAAGAAGUUAUGUACACCCAGGAAAGUGCUAGUUGGACUUCUAGUGACCAAACAACAACUUGAACUGUCUGUUGAUUCUCACACAGACAGAAGCAAUCCAGAGCAGCUGUCUAUCCUGCACCAAGCAAUGAUGUCAAAUGUUGUUACCUACUUGGGUGGCCUGCCAGAUGUUCCUCUGGGUGCUACGUUAGUAACUGCUUUUUAUAACGGCUGCAUGGAGGUGGAGAUCAACAACAGACAGCUGGAUCUGGAUGAAGCCAUUUCUAAACACAAUGACAUUAGAUCUCACUCGUGCCCACAGAUUAUGCAGUAACCAUUCAAUUCUUAAUUUAACUUUUCUCUUUCAGAUAGAAUUUGUGUAAUUAGUCUCAUGCCAUAAUGAAGCCUGUAUUAUGUUAUUCAACAUGUGCCAGGAAAAUAAUCGACAGCAUGGUUUUCCUCUCUUUUAUAUAGAAGGGGGGGUGAGGGAAAUCCCCUCUUUUCAGCUGAAAACAGACAAUCCAGAUAAAGUUCUAUAAGAUGUUCUUUUUUUCAUAUGAAUGAUAAAUCUUAAAGCUAGGUUUAUCUUCCAUGUUCAUACUAUGCUCUUGAUAUAUUUAGUUUGGAGAGAGAGAGUUCAGGAAGUUCUGUUUAGAACCAAUUUUACUUAGUUUUCAUAUAUUAGCACAAAGCUGCAAGUUUUGGUCCUGUGUUUGAAUCUGAACCAAACCUGUCUCAUUAAACUUCUCCAAGCAUUCCAUACAAAGAAAAACCUCUACAGAUUCUAUAAUCUGUGCUUAUGGGAGAGGAAAAGGAAAAAGCCCCAACAGAAUCUGGAGCCCAGGCUCUCUGUGAACGUGUUUACAAGUUGUAUCAGUAUUGGUAAAGCAACUUCAACACUGAAAUGGUUUUAUAAGUAGCUCAGUUUUUGCAGGUAGUUCUUGUUUUACCAUACCAGCUUUAAUCCCUCUAUCACAGGGACUCAGUUUAGGACUUUGCAAGUAAAUUACCUGACCUAAUUCAGAAGUCUUUUAAAAGUCAGUUAAAAUGCACCCCAGGCAAUUCUGGAAAACAGGAGAUGGCUGGAAAGAAUGUGCUCUGGUCUUCAUCAUGGGAUGUCAAACUGGAAUCUGCUAAGUAGAGCUGAGAGAUUGUGGCAGACAUUUCUUCUAUGUGGGACAAAUCUAGCACUCCUCAAUCCGAGCACCCUCUAAAGGUCCAUCAUUUUCCCUUUAUCUAGGUCAGUCUUGCAUUCACAAAGCCCCAGAAGAAAUCUGUUUGUAAGCCCUGUUGCAGUUGUGUUUCUGACAUACUUGAAAGCCUAAAGUUUGCUAGGAACAUGAGAAUACAAAGCCAUAUUCUGCUCAGCCACUUUAAUGGAACAGGUAAUUAGAAAAAUAUUGUUUUUCUCAGGUGCACUUAUUUGAAGCAAUUUUAAUACUACUUUAGCAUCCUUUGAGCAUUCCUUCCACUUCCAAUCUCAUUUUCACACAAGCAGAAACCACGCUGUUCUCACCUAGUGGUUUUUUUUAACCCCAAACCAAAUAAAUAGCAAGAGGAUUGCUGUAAGCGAUGAAUACAUACUCUCAUCCAUCAACUGGAUAGACGUUUAUCUGCCAAGAUUCUGGACCUGUGGUUUGCUUUCUUCACUCAAGACACUGAAGGGGAAAUGUAUGUGCAGAAGGAUGGAUUGUGACAGUAUUCAUUUUGAGGAUUGCCUUUCUCCAGAGAUAUUCCCAGUGACGUUAGCAAGGUUUCUUUCAUUGUCAAGUCCUAACAUUAGUACAUUGGUAUUGUAGAAUCUGAGCCCAUCUUUCAACAUUAUUGCUUUGUCUAAGGUUAUUGUUAACUUCACUUCCCACUUGCGUGAUGUAAUACAGGAUUUGCUCUGACUUGCACACCACCCAGCCUCAGCAAUGUCUCUGAGUCUGCCCAGCACUGGUUCAUAUAUAGCUGCCUAUCACCAGCAAUACCAUAUAGUUGACACCCAGGUCCUAAUUACCAGUGACUUGUUAGUUCAGCUUUCUAGUAUGGCAGGUAGAAAAAGAUUUGAUUAUUUGAGGGCAAAUAAUUGCAGGAAAGCAUCCCUCCCUGCUCUCCUCCCAUCCCAACACACACAGUCUUCAUUUGGGCCCAAGCAGAUUAAUAACUUGACCGAAAUAAGCAGGUUUUGCACACAAGGCAGAGCUGAAUCAGGACAAAUACACGUGAUCAUUUAUAGUGUCUCAACAGCACCCACUGAAUUCUUGAAAGCCCUUGGGUCACUCUCUGCCUUGUACAACAAAUACAAAUGAUGAGAGAUGAGGGACACAAAAUAAAGUGUCAGCAGUACUCAGUGCUUAUAUUGGCCUGUGAUAAUAGAAGAAAAAGGAGGUUUUGGUGGGGUUGUCUCUUGUUGUUUGUUUGGUUUUUAGGUUUUGGAUUUUAAGUGUAAUAAAUGGUAUAGAGAUGAAAUGAAAGACAAGAAGAAAAAUCACUGCAUUUUCUCACACAUACUCCAUUUCUUUCUGUUGUCACAGAAUAAUAUUUUAGGGUUUUGUAGUUAUAAUGAAACCUCUGCAUUUUUUAUGUGAAAGUGCCUCCCUCUUGUAAGAAUUAAAUAAAGCCACAUUUGCAAGUUUCUUUUUAUUUUA